CCGACUGUGGUUCCUUAGCAACACUACAAAAAAACAGCGCUGACGUCCUUUCUGUUCGGUAAUAUUAUGGUCUGUCGGGAAUUUAGAGUGGCUGGGACUGGAGAAAGGAGGUGGCGAGUAUCUGCUGUAGCAGCGCCCCGGCUGUUAGCUAGCGGUAGGUAGCACUGGAGUAAACAUGGAGCUGUCUGCCGUGGGGGAGCGGGUGUUCGCCGCAGAGUCGAUCAUCAAACGACGGAUAAGAAAGGGUCGGAGUGAAUACCUUGUGAAGUGGAAGGGAUGGUCGCACAAAUACAGCACUUGGGAACCGGAGGAGAACAUUCUGGACUCCCGCUUGUUUGUCGCCUUCGAGCAGAGGGAGCGUCAGAGGGAGCUGUUCGGGCCCAAAAAGAGAGGUCCAAAGCCCAAAACGUUCCUGCUAAAGGCCGAAUCUCAAGGUAACACCAGGUCUUAUGAGUUGAGGAACGAGGCGAUCCGAGGGAUGGACGUCACCUACUCCUGUCCUGAGCCGGUUGUCACCCCCAGGGCCAGAGAAGGCCUCAGAACCGUCGUUCCCACCAUCUUCCCACCGAGUGCCGUCAACCAGGGAGAAAGCAUCUGCUUGAGAGCUUCUGACCUGAGCGUUCUUGAACAUCAGCGUUCUUUUCAUGGAGAUGGUUCUGAUGAAAUCCAUUUACCCAGAAAGAGAGGGCCCAAGCCAAAGCCUCUGUUAGAGGACUGUGAGCUGCACGAGAGGCAAGCUGAGGAACCGGUGAGGCGCUGCGCACUGCAGAUGGGGGAGGAGAUGGGGCUGGUCAGGGUGGCCCACAGACAUCCAGAGAACCUCAGCCACAAACACCACCACCACCCGCUGAGCCGCCCGGUCUCCAGCAGGACUUCCUACUACCCAUUCUACUCGGACAACAGCCGGCACACACACACAAACCUUUUGGACACACACAGGACUAAAGAUGGCUCCAGGUGCUCAGCUCCGGCCCACUUUAAGCACCACUCCAAAGUGGGCCCGAGUCGACCCGCUGCACUUCCGCUCAUGGAAAAGCCGUACUUCCUGGACCGGCCAUCGCCGACUCGAAUUGACGCCGACUCAGUGGAAAUGACCUGGAGGCCAAGUCUCAGCAACGUGGAAAAGGUCCUGGUGACGGACGUCACCACCAACUUCCUGACGGUCACCAUCAAGGAGAGCAGCACCUCCAAGGGCUUCUUCAGAGACAAGAGAUGACUUUUUUAAUGCUCUGCUUUGCUCCGAUGUUCCUGCAACAUUGUGUUUAAUAAAUAAAUCCGUUUUCCUAUAUAAUAUAUAACAUGUUGUUCAUAUGUGUAUUUUAUUAAGUUUGGCAUCUGUUUAAUGUAUUGACCACGCUUUUCUCAUCCUCCGGCAGGUGGAGUGUCUUUCUGCAUAUUCUCUGUUUUUUGCAACUAAAACGAACUAGAAAAGUUCUUUUUUUUUUUUUUUGUCCCUAGAUCUCUCCUGAGCACAGGCUCGUUCUGGUUGUUCAGCAUGGCUAAUAUUUAAAACUGAAGCACUUUGAAUUCACAAGUAUUAUGAGAUUUGGACCGGUUUGAGUCGUCUAACAUUUCAAAAACAAAAAAAUUCAACCGUUUCCCCCCAUUAUAUUUGUUUCUGUUAUAUUCUCUGUGGUCCGUAAGAUUGACCCCAUACUCGAUAUGGAAUCUUAACGUCUCACGGUCCUUAAUUAGAUGUAAAUGGACUUCAUUACAUUUUCAUAGAAAUGUUCAUAAAGAUUUGAUUUUUAAAAAAGUUGUUAAAAGGCUUUUUAGACACUUUUCAAUAAAUCUGACUUGCCAACUUUA